AUGGCUUUGCUGCGGGCCCGCGCGCUGUACGACUUCAGGUCGGAGAACCCGGGCGAGAUCUCGCUGCGCGAACACGAGGUGCUGAGCCUGUGCAGCGACCAGGAGAUCGAGGGCUGGUUCGAGGGGGUGAACAGCCGGGGCGACCGCGGCCUCUUCCCGGCCUCCUACGUGCAGGUCAUCCGAUCUCCGGUGGCCGAGCCGGCGCUCCCGCCGCCCGCGCCCGUCCCGUCUCGCUACGCGAACGUGCCGUCCGGCGGCUUUGAGCCCUUGGCGGCGCCGGCGACAGCCUUCAACCCGCCGCCCGUCGCAGCCCAGCAUCAUCAGCUGCCUCCGCCGGCCGCCGAGCCCUUCCAGCUGCCUCCGCCGGCCGCCUCGUCGGGCUUCUCCUCCUUCCAGACGGCGCGGUCCUACGGCGGCGGCUCCUCUUCUUACCAAGCCAGUCAAGGCAGCGACGACGAUUGGGACGAUGACUGGGACGACAGCUCUACCGUGGCGGAGGAGCCGGGAGUCCUAGGCAGCUCUUACCCGGACUACGAGAAUGCGGCCAUAGGAGUCGGCGGGGCGGGAGGCUCUGCCAGUAGGUAUUCCCUUUCCACCCGGUCCGAUCUGUCGCUGAGCUCCCGGAGCAGCCAGCCUGGGGGCCCCUUGCAUCACCCGGCCGGCGGCGCCGCCAAGAGCUCAGCCACCGUCAGCCGCAAUUUGAACCGUUUCUCCACCUUCGUGAAAUCCGGAGGCGAAGCUUUUGUGCUGGGUGAGGCGUCGGGUUUCGUGAAGGACGGGGACAAACUGUGCGUGGUGCUGGGCUCCUAUGGGCCCGAGUGGCAGGAAAACCCUUACCCUUUCCAGUGCUCCAUCGAAGACCCCACCAAGCAGACCAAAUUCAAGGGCAUGAAGAGCUACAUUGCCUACAAGCUGGUGCCAAGCCACACAGGGCAGCAGGUGAACCGGCGCUACAAGCACUUUGACUGGCUCUAUGGCCGCCUGGUAGAGAAGUUCCCCGUCAUCUCCGUACCCCACUUGCCGGAGAAACAAGCCACCGGCCGUUUUGAGGAGGACUUUAUCUCCAAGCGCCGCAAAGGCUUAGCGUGGUGGAUGGACCACAUGUGCAGCCAUCCCGUCUUGGCCCAGUGUGAUGCCUUCCAGCAUUUCCUCACCUGUCCCAGCACGGAUGAGAAGGCCUGGAAACAAGGCAAGCGCAAAGCUGAGAAGGAUGAGAUGGUGGGCGCUAACUUCUUCCUGACCAUCAGCGUCCCUGCUGGUGGCCCUGCUGCUCUGGACCUGCAGGAGGUGGAAAGCAAAGUAGAUGGCUUCAAAAGCUUCACCAAAAAAAUGGAUGAUAGCACCAUUCAGUUGAACCAAACUGUUAAUGAGUUUGCCCGCAAGCAGGUUGCUGGGUUCAAGAAGGAAUACCAGAAAGUGGGACACUCCUUCAGGGGCCUCAGCCAAGCCUUUGAAAUGGACCAGCAGGCUUUUUCAGUUGGCCUCAAUCAGGCCAUUGCCUUCACUGGAGAAGCUUAUGAUGCUAUUGGUGAACUAUUCGCAGACCAACCCAGACAGGACCUGGACCCAGUGAUGGAUUUAUUAGCUCUGUAUCAGGGACAUCUGGCCAACUUCCCAGACAUAAUCCAUGUCCAGAAAGGAGCCCUUACCAAAGUGAAGGAAAGUAAGCGGCACGUAGAAGAAGGAAAAAUGGAAAUCCAGAAGGCUGAUGGCAUUCAGGAUCGUUGUAACAUUAUUUCAUUUGCCACUUUGGCAGAGAUUCACCAUUUCCAUAGAAUUCGAGUCAGGGACUUCAAAUCACAAAUGCAGCAUUUCUUACAACAGCAAAUCAUUUUUUUCCAAAAAGUGACCCAAAAGUUAGAAGAAGCUCUUCACAAAUAUGACAACGUUUAAUGUUGCUUAAUUAAAUAAACUUUACAUGGUGGCUAUUUCUUGGAUUGCAGAUGGAAUCAACCACAGAGGCAAAUGCUGCUCUAAUGACCUUUAACACCUCUCAGGGUGUUUUGCAAAACUCUUUUUUUUGUAAUUGUUCUGAAUUCCAGAACCUAAUAAUUGCAUAAGGAGAAAAUAAUUAUGCAUACAUAGCAGAGACUAUACUAUACAUUGUAACUAAAUUAUACCCAAAAUGCCUACACUACCAUCAUAAUGUCUUUUGAAAUAAUGAUUAUACUAUUUGCCUUAUUGCUUUUUUGAAAUAUGGUAUUUUAGUGCAUAUGCUAUAGACCUCAACAUGUUGGGGUUUUUAAGGAAGUGGGCUAAUGCCCACUUCAUAUGCCUUUUAAAAAUUCUCCUUGGUUUGAAUUUCUUAAAUUCAGCCAAUUCUCUGUUUACAACUUCCUAUUAGAGCAGCUAUGCGAUUUUGUGCCUUUAGCAUUUUUCUUUUUUUUUUCUAGUAAAUGACAUUUUUAUGAUUGAAUGAAGUUGGCACCUCUGACAGGGCUUGAUUUCAAACCUCAUAAUGACUCAAAAAUAACUAGUUAUAUAACUUGCACACUAGAUAUUAUGGUAAAUGUUGGUAAAGCAACAACAAAAUUUAAAAUCAUUUUAGAUUCCGUGUUGAUUAAAAAUACUAUUUAUUAUUUUUACCAGAAUAUUAAGUACACAAGCAACAAUGCAGCAUUGCUGUAUUUACUUUCUUAAUAUGUCAGCAUAAAAUCUUUCUGUGUAAUACAUCUUUGGAUAGAAACUUGGACCAUUUAUCUAAUAAAAGGAUACUGAAUUAUAUCAGUGGGAUAUGACUAAAGGUUCAAAGAGUAAUGCUUGCAUGCAUGUGUCUGUUGUUUGGAAGAUUUUUCUGGCAGUUGAUUUGUUUGUUUCUAAACAUGGGCCCACAUUGUCACUUGAAACUUGCUAAUGCCAGGAAGCAUUACUGUUCAGUGAAAUUAUUUGUUGGUUAGAAAAAAAUACAUGUAUAUUAACACAUUUUGUGCUCAUGAUUCCUAUUCUUUAGAGCAGUUAAAGAACCCACUGUGUGAAAAUGUUAAUUGAGGCCUUAACACAAAGAGAUGCUGGGAAAAGAAUUUUACUCAACUUACAUACCCUCUAUCACAGGGGUGUCAAACUUGAUUUCAUCGCAUCAGGGUUGUGUUUGAAUUUGGUGGG